AUGUCACCCCGCGAGAUCCCUCCCGAGCUGCUCCACUCAGUAAUAGCGCACCUGGGCCCAGGCGACUCCGCGACGCUCGCGGCCCUGGCGCGCUGCGCGACCUGGACGCACGCAGCGGCGAUUCCAGCGCUCUACGCGCACGUCCACGUCGCCUCCGAGGCGCACUGGGCGCGGUUGUACGCCGGCCUCUCGCUCGACGACGGCCACCCGACGGCCCAGGUCGCCGUGCAGACGGACGUGCGCGACGCCAACGGCGAGGACAAGGUCGCGAGUGUUGUCGCUACUGCGGCGCGCAAGCUCGGCUACCUCCUGCACACGCGGCACGUCACGCUCGACUUUGUGCCCUCGGCCCCCGGGCUCGAGGCCAUCAGCGGCACCGUGGUGCUCGUCCGCGCACGGCGCAAGACGCUGCGCGUGCCCGUCCGCGAGGUAUUUCCGCGCGUACAAGGCCUCGCCCUCGGCGCGGGGUUCGUGCGCGGGUUACUGGCCCUCGCACACGAGCACCACGCGCCCUGCGGGGCGGCGUUUGACGUCAACGGGUGGGAGCAGCGCGCGUUCCCGGCGUACUUUCCUGCCGGGCUGCUGCCGCGGGUCCAGGUCCUCGGCCGGCUGGACGAGCUGUACGACACGACCUAUCGGUGCUUCCCCCUCCCUCCUCUCGAGGACGACUCGUGCGCCCACAUAAAGGGCACGAUGAUCGCGCUGCUCGCCAGCUGGGCCGUGUGGGGGCGCAACUCGAACCGCCUCGCGUCGCACUCUGCGUACCCGGCCCCGCUGGCACCGUGGACGCGUAUCCGGGCGCGCUGGCGGCACUUUGUGCGCCUCGACUCGCCGCCGUCGCCGGCCGUGCUGGACGCGCUAGCGCGCGACGUGUACGCCGUCUCGACCGAGGCGCUGGCCGCCGAGGCGGGCGGCGGGCGCGUGUGCCGGCGCGACGUUGUCCUCUCCGGGCUCGACGAGGCCGGCGUCCGUGCUGUCGAGGCAGCGUUCGUCGCGCAUGUGCGCGAGACAUUCGACAAAAACGACCGCGUCGUGGUCGACCGUGCACGCGCGCCCCACGGCGUCCUGGAUAGCAGGUAUGGCGACGACGCGAUCGACGCGCCCGAUGCCGCUGCUGUUCGCGGACAGGUGCGCGUCGUACCCGUCGACUUUUUGCAUGCGGACAGCACGGGCGGGUGCGAGGCUUGCGGGGCUGGGUGCGGUAGGGAGCCGGAUAGAGGUGGCCAGGAGGGAGAGUAUAACUUCUGGGCGGUGGAUCCUAGACGCUUUUAG